AUGGUUGCCACUUCACGCUCUGCAAUACUUUUGGCUAUGACCGUUUUGGUUUGUGCAUUAACUGUUCAAGCACGACUUGAUCCAUCUACACGUUGUUUACACAAACACGAAAAAUACAAUUCAUGUGGUACAGCAUGUCCAUUGAAUUGCGAAGAUGUUCUCAGUUCAAAUCUGCAAAAGCCAUGCACGCUUCAAUGCGUCGCAGGUUGUUAUUGUGAAAAGGGUUAUGUGCGCAAAACAGAUGACAAGAACAGUCCCUGCGUUAAAAUGGAAGAUUGUUACUCCGAUGCCUGA